AUGUCCAACCCGUUGGUGGACCGCAUCCUCAGUAACCCCUUGACAUUUGUCGCGGCGAAACAGCCCGAAAAGGAAACGCACGAGCAGCCACCCAGUUAUAUUGUGCUCGGCAAAAAAAGCAAGCCGCUCCCCAAUAUGCUCAAACCAAAAACGGCAAAACCCGAAGUAAAACGGCCAAAGUCCAUGGCAGAGGCUAUCGCGGCGUACACCGGAAAGAAGUAUGCGAGUAAAGAGAAAAAGCCCAAGCCGCGGCCUGAGUCGUCGGACGACGAGAAGUAUGAGUCUGCUUCGGAGUUUCAGACAGACCUGUCUUUCCAAGGGUUUAAAAGCUCAGAAGGCAGCGACACCAAGAGCGACAAAAGUGACAAAAGUGACGAAAGCGAUAGUGAAGACGGCGAGUAUGAACUGGCAGGUGUUUCUAUAGAUAGUGAGACUGAUGGAGAGGAAUCAGGAUCUGAUUCUGAGCCUGAAUCAGACUCGCAGUUAGAGGGGUCGGCAUUAGAAGAGGAAUCAGGUGAACAAUCUGACGAAGAGAAGUCAGAAGUAGAAACAGAAACGAAAUCUGAGCCUAUGACACCAUCCACAGAAACACAAUCCAAAGAGAGUCUGUUCGAUGAGCCAUCACAAGAAUCAGAUAGAGAAACAGAAACACCAAAUGAGACCCUACGCACACUCAAGCGCGAGCUCAAAGAGGAGCUUCAGGAAGACCCCAAGGGCAAGUUACCAGAGAACGAAAACGGAAGCUUACAUCAGAAUGAGAAAGAACUCAUCGACAAGGAACAGGACGAUGAUCCUCACCAUUCUGGGAAACUUACUCAAACCAAACAGGAAGAUUCUCAAGAACUAUACGAGUUUCUCCGCCCGAAUGAGCCACGCCCGCAAAGUGGACGCAUUGCUACUCACUGGUCACCUUCGUGUGUUUCUUCACGUCCGCUGGGUCUAGUGAACUUUGGCGUCACGUGCUACAUGAACCUGGCUAUCCAAGCCAUGAUGCACAUUCCAGCCGUGCAGCAAUAUUUGGCUGAAGUACAACAGGGCAAGCAUAAGCUCCCACCUCGACUGGUUACGCACACAUUCGCUGAGCUUGCGAACAAGAUGUGGCGGUCUGGCCUGCGCAAGUACGUCAACCCAAAACGCUUGGUCCAGCGGUUAGGUGACAUCAACUGCAUGAUGAGCGAGUGGCAGCAGGAAGAUCUGCACGAGUACUUGAUGAGCUUGAUGGCUCGCCUUCAAGAGGAUCUGACUCCCAAGGGCCGCAAAUUGGCCGAGUCGGUCGUGUACGACAUUUUCGGAGGUGUGCUUGACCAAGAGGUGGUGUGCCAGCAGUGUGGUGGGGUAAGUACUACCAAGCAAGAAUUCUAUGAUCUUUCUCUUGGGCUUCGCAAACGCCGCGCAGAAGGUGGCCGGUACUCCAUCGAGAAAAGCAUUGCCGAUUUCUUCUCCCGCGAAACCAUUAAACGUGAUGCAGCCGAUGCCGCCAGUGGCUACCAUUGCGAACGGUGCCAACAACGAACCGUGGCGACAAAAAAGAGCACCGUGGCUGAGGCACCGCAAACACUAGUGGUACACGUGAAACGGUUCAAGUUCAAUGGAAACUCGCUGGCCAAGGUCAAACAGCCUGUGGCAUACACAAAGUAUCUUGACUUGACGCCGUACAUGACUCUGGGAUCCGAAUGUCGUUAUCAACUUUUGGCUGUUAUUGUGCACGAGGGCCGGUCCAUGCUGUCUGGCCACUACGUGGCGCAUUGUCUUCAACCAGAUGGCACGUGGGCAACAUAUGACGACGAGUACAUUAAUCAGAUUGCUGAGCGCGACGCUUUGAACGACCCUGCCGCAUACUGCCUUGUGUAUACGCGGUUGGAGAGACGCAAAGAGGGAGAGGGAUCGGAACGUGUGAAGAGAACCCAGAAACAGGGUGGUAAUCAAGAGGCCAAGAGGGCCCGUGUAGCAUAG